GGGCCAGGGGCUCCGGGACAGCUUCUCGAUUCCGUUGAGGUGAUAGUCUGGGCUGCUUCUGAGGGAUCGCCUUGACUGGCCAUCCAAGUUCAGCCACGGCCCAAGUCGUUUGAUUCAGCUGGUGAUGAAAUGGGGGUCAACCUGUCCGUGGGCUUUCCUCCUGUCACGGGACCCCACCUCGUAGGCUGCGGGGAUGUGAUGGAGGGUCAGAGUCUCCAGGGGAGCUUCUUUCGACUCUUCUACCCAUGCCAAGAAGCAGAGGAGGCCACGGAGCAGCCCCUGUGGAUUCCCCGCUAUGAGUACUGCACUGGCCUGGCGGACUACCUGAAGUUUAAUAAGCGCUGGGGGGGGUCGCUGUUCAACCUGGCUGUGGGAUCUUGUCGCCUGCCUGUUAGCUGGAAUGGCCCCUUUAAGACAAAGGACUCUGGAUACCCCUUGGUCAUCUUCUCCCAUGGCCUUGGAGCCUUCAGGACACUGUAUUCAGCCUUCUGCAUGGAGCUGGCCUCUCGUGGCUUUGUGGUAGCUGUCCCAGAGCACAGGGAUGGGUCAGCUGCGGCCACCUGUUUCUGCAAGCAGGCCUCAGAGGACAACCGGUCUGACAAUGAGUCAUCGGAGGAGGAAUGGAUCCCCCACCGUCAAAUUGAGGAAGGGGAGAAGGAAUUCUGUGUUCGGAAUUACCAGGUGCAUCAGAGGGUAAGCGAGUGCAUGAGGGUGUUAAGGAUCCUGCAGGAGGUCACUGCUGGGCAGACCGUCCUCAACAUCUUGCCUGGCGGGUUGGAUCUGAUGACCUUGAAGGGCAGCAUCGACAUAAGCCGCGUGGCUAUAAUGGGACAUUCAUUUGGAGGGGCCACAGCUGUCCUGGCUCUAGCCAAGGAGACCCAGUUUCGGUGUGCUGUGGCUCUGGAUGCUUGGAUGUUUCCGCUGGAACGUGACUUUUACCCCACAGCCCGGGGCCCUGUCUUCUUCAUCAAUGCAGAGAAAUUCCAGACAAUGGAGAGUGUCAACUUGAUGAAGAAGAUUUGUGCCCAGCAUGACCAUUCCAAGAUCAUAACUGUCCUUGGUUCUGUUCAUCGGAGUCUAACGGACUUUGCUUUUGUGGCUGGUAACUGGAUUGCUAAAUUCUUCUCCAAUCCAACCCGUGGGAGCUUGGACCCCUAUGAGGGUCAGGAGACUGUGGUGCGGGCCAUGUUGGCCUUCCUGCAGAAGCACCUUGACCUCAAAGAGAACUAUGAUCAAUGGAACAACCUCAUUGAAGGCAUUGGACCAUCACUCACCCCAGGGGCCCCACAGCAUCUGCCCAACCUGUAGGCACACAGGGGCUGCCCAGGGACACCCAUGGCCUUCUAUUAGAAAGUGGUCCUCACGCUCCUUCUUCAUAGAUUGAGAGGGUGUAAUUGUACUGUUGAUUGGAUGACUGGGUAACUUAAUCUGGAACUGUUCAUCUUAAACUCAUGUUGGGACUUGGAUCACUUACUGAUUUGGGAAACUGACUUUCUGGGGACUGAGCCCCGAUGGUGUGGGGAACAAGCGGUGGGAUGGGGCUGGGGAGGCCCAAGCCCCAAGCUGAGCACAAUGAGCCCUAUCAACCCAGCCAGCCGACUCCUCACCUUGGGCCAGUGUGGAAGAAAUGAAGCCACAGGAUGGAGGGAAAUUUCCCACCUUGGGGCCCUCUAGCCCACCUGACACUCUGUUCCUACCUCUCUGCCUUCUCCCUCCCCAGGGCCGCUCGGUGAGUUCUGAGGACUUAAGGUAGCUUUCUAGGAUGGGGACCACCAUCAGGUUUUUCUGUCUAUUUUCAAGCCUCCUUAUGGCAUGAAACAUAGCCCCAGGCAUUUAGUCAGGAUGAAGCUAUACUUGGGAGCCCGUGGAAGGGGCAAACAGCUUUGACCUGAUAGCAGAGGGAGAGCGGCUGAGGGACAGAAGGUAUCUUAAAAACUCUGGGUAUCUCAGAGUUUUGCUGAAAAUGUAACUCGACAGGAAACAACACAAGUAGGCUGAGAUGGAGAAGGCAGAAUAACAGUGUGAAGUAGCCGUUUGAACAGGCCCUCACCACAAAAGGGAGGGAGUUUGGUCUGUUCAAAUUCACAGGCCAUCCCUAGAGAGAAGCUUAGGAACACUUUGGUCCUGCCUUUUACCUCAGAUAUUGUCAGCUUCCAACAGGGUGCUGUAGUUGUCUGUUUUCUGGCUCUGAGGGCCUCGCCUCCAAUUUAAGUCAAGAUAUAGAUUGAAUUUCCAUUCUGUUCCAUUUAUAAUAUGAAUGAUAUUAAUACUCAUGUUUGCCUAACGAUAUGUUGGAAUAUUCUCUGUCUUUAAUCUGCCUCACAGCAAGAUGGGGAGCCAUCUGGAAGUAACUUUUCCUUAUGUCUUUCUUUGAUCACUUACCACUUAUGCCCGUGUUGGGGGAAAAAAAACUUUAAAAGGAGAGGAGGUCUUCCUAGGGAUCUCGUUGGAAGCUGUCUGGGAACAUCAGCGUGAAACACCCCCUCCGCUACUCUAGACAUCUCACCUCAGUCCAAGUAUGGAACCCCGGAGGAGGCGAGAGCAAGAGGGAAAUUCGUCUCUACACAACAGGUCCAAGGUCAUUGUCACCAAAGCAGGCUGGGACUACAUCUCCCAUCCCCAACAGCUGUUCUUUCUCAGAGGUGAAACACCAGAUCCUUUGAGGCUGUGGAUCUACUCUCAGAGAUUUGUGGGUUCCCGGGAGGCAAAGCACAAGGAGAAUAUAAUUAAGGCCUGGUCUCUAGA